AUGUCUGUAAACCCUCAGACACGAACUGACCGUAUUGCCGACCGUUUCGCUGCCAUCAAGGCUGAGGGUCGGCCGGGACUGGUGGUUUUUAUGACCGUUGGUCACCCGUACCGCGACGCCGCGCUGGAGAUAGCUCCGCAACUGGCCGCUGCCGGCGCGGACGCCAUCGAACUGGGGAUGCCGUUCAGCGACCCGAUGGGCGAGGGCCCGGUCAUCCAGGAGUCCAGCUUUGUCGCGUUGCAAAACGGUGUUACCACCCAGGACUGCCUGGACACUGCGGCGGCGGUGCGUCCGGACAUAGGCGAUACACCGUUGAUUUUGAUGGGUUACUACAACCCCGUCCUGUCCUACGGGCUGGAACGGUUUGCAAGGGCGUGCGCCGCAGCAACGGUGGACGGGUUGAUCAUCGUGGAUUUGCCGUACACCGAAGCCGAGCCGCUGGUCGGCCACCUGGAGCCAUUCGGCAUCCACCUGAUUCCGUUGCUGGCGCCAACCAGCACCGACGAGAGCAUUGCCCAAUCCGUGCGCUUUGGCGGGGGGUUCGUUUAUUGCAUCAGCGUAACUGGUGUUACCGGCACCCGCUCCGAGCUGUCAGACUCGCCCGGGCUUUGGAAUGUGGACGGGGUGCGGCAGCAGACCGAUCUGCCGGUGGCAGGUGGCUCGGUCUCUCACCCGGGAGCA